AUGGAUCGGACGCCACACAGCACGCGCGACUCCAAUCCUUCGGCCAAGAAUUCGGUUGACAGAUGCAGCGGAAUCCUUUUCUUGAGAGCUUCUGAGAAGUUUCCCUGGUUCACAGCUAAUCAGAUCCUUGGGCACAAGGAUAUGUCAUCCAAGAGACUACAUGGCGUGUUUACCCUUCUUAUGCUCAUGGUUUUCAAUGUUUCAGGGGCAUUUGUUGGUAUCACUAUUGGCAAUGACAUGUCGAACAUGCCACCAGCAACAGAUAUAGUGUCUAUCCUCAAAGCAAAGAAGAUCCAGCAUGUUCGCCUGCUUGAUUCAGACCAUCAGAUGUUGACUGCCCUUGCAAAUACUGGAAUAGAAGUGAUGGUUGGUGUUCCAAAUGAUCAGCUACUUCGUGUGGGCCAAUCUCGUUCCACAGCUGCUGAUUGGAUUAAUAAGAACGUCGCUGCUUACAUUCCGGCGACUAACAUCACAUAUAUUGCUGUGGGUAAUGAGGUCCUUACUACCAUUCCCAAUGCAGCACUUGUUCUCGUACCUGCACUGCAAUUCCUCCAGUCAGCACUUUUGGCUGCAAAUCUCAAUACUCAAGUGAAAAUUUCGAGUCCUCAUUCAAUGGAUGUGAUCUCGAAGGCGUUUCCUCCCUCUGCUGCCACUUUCAAUUCGACAUGGAGCUCAAUAAUGUCUCAGUAUCUUCAGUUUCUCAAGAAUACAGGAUCUUCGUUUAUGCUGAAUGCCCAACCAUACUAUGGCUAUGUAGGAGGGCAAGGCGUAUUCCCCUUGGAGUAUGCACUGUUCCGCUCACUUAAUCCGAACAGUCAAAUUUCAGAUCCUAACACCAAUCUCUUUUAUACCAAUAUGUUUGAUGCUAUAAUUGAUGCUACCUACAACUCAAUUCAAGCAAUGAAUUUCACGGGGAUUCCUGUUUUAGUCACAGCUUCUGGCUGGCCAUGGCGUGGUGGGCCAAGUGAGAAGGCUGCUACUGUUGAUAAUGCUUUGGCCUACAAUACAAACCUCAUACAUCAUGUACUGAACAAUUCUGGUACUCCGAGUCAACCAAAUAAUCAAUCAAGCACCUACAUCUUUGAGCUGUUCAACGAGGAUAAUCGGUCAGGGCCUGUAUCAGAGCAAAAUUGGGGGAUUAUGUUUCCCAAUGCAACCACUAUAUACUCUCUAUCAUUUGAGGACGUGGCCACAACUAUUCCUGAAUCACCAGCUUUGCGUGGGGUGUUUUGUGUGGCAAAUUCAAGUGCACCCCAUAGUGCACUGAAGCAUAGUUUGGAUUGGGCAUGUGGCCCUGGUUCUGCAAACUGCAGUGCAAUUCAACCUGGGCAACCAUGCUAUGCAUCAGAUGAUAUUGUAGCUGUUUCUUCUUAUGCUUUCAACGAUUAUUACCAUAGAACACAGUCUAGUGGUGGUACAUGCAACUUCAAUGGCACCGCAAUGAUAACAUCAACUGAUCCAAGCCAUGGUUCAUGCAUUUUCGCUGGAAGCACUGGCGCCAACGGCAGCAAAGGUGGAACGGCCUCCGGGCCUGUAGAUGCCAUGUAA